UUUUCGCCAUGAAAUUUCUACGAAAAUAAUGGGAAAUCUUUGUAUUCUAUCUAAUCCAGUGUGCUUUUUUUCUUUUCUUUUUCUUUUUUUUUUCAUUCAAUUUUCACAGAGAAAAAGUAUCAGAGUCAGCGAGUUUGAAACUACAUCUACACGCGGAAGUAAACGUCAACGAACCUUAAGAUUAAGAAAUUGAAUUUUCAAACGGAGCGUGGGCGAAGAACAUAAAUUGUAUUAAAGACGACACAGAAGUGAAAAGUAUAUUUUAAAAGAACAGAAAACAAAAAAGAAAAGAAAAGAAAAGAAAAUUUGUAGAUCGUGGGAAAAAGGACAAGGGCAUCAACGGAUGCGAACGGUACAAACAAGGGAACUUUUCUUCAAUUUCCAUAUCCGGGUAAAUACGCGUGAAUUUCGGAGCUCGCGGCACGAGUUGUUUUUUGUGUUCGUUUUUGUUUUUUCUCCCUUAAUUUUCGAGGGAAGAUCGGGAUUUGUAGUUGGAGUUGAUUGUUUAUGGGGACACUGUGCUUGGAAAUCUCAACUGGUAUGGUUCUUUGUUAUGUAGGGUGUGUUUUUCUUUGUUCUCUUGAUUGGAAGUGCUAUAUUGGUUGGGAGUUGGGAAUGGGUUUUGCUUUGUUUAAGGGCUAUUGUCUCACAUUUUGAUUGUGGUGGUAGCGGCAGGUUUUGUAAAAUCCGGUUAUGGGUUUGAUUGGAAAUGACUAAGGAUGCUAAUCGACUAUGGAGAAUGAUUCAAACUGGGGAAUGAUUACUGCUGUGAAUCUUAGUCACUGCUACCAAUAUUAUUGAGUUAUAAGCUUAUCAAUGGCUCCUGGAGGCAGCACUUACAAAGAAGUUCUUGAGUCUCACUCCACAGUGACUGACUAUGACAUAGCAAUGACAAAAGCAGACACUAAUCUUACACCUGCAAAAACUACUGCUGGCUUGAGUGGAAAAAAGGGAAUCUCUUCACCCAAUGGUGUCCAUGAGCUACUUGAAUGUCCUGUAUGCACAAGUUUAAUGUACCCUCCGAUCUACCAGUGUCCAAGUGGCCACACCUUAUGUUCAAACUGCAAGAGUAGAGUGCACAACUGUUGCCCAACUUGCCGCCAUGAGCUUGGAGAUAUAAGGUGUUUGGCUUUGGAGAAAGUUGCAGAGUCAUUAGAACUUCCCUGCAGAUACCAAAGUCUAGGUUGUCAUGAUAUCUUUCCAUACUACAGCAAGCUCAAGCACGAGCAACAGUGUCGAUUCCAUCCAUACAACUGCCCAUAUGCUGGGUUUGAGUGCUCUGUCACUGGGGACAUCCCAACCCUUGUUGAGCAUCUCAAGGGUGAUCACAAGGUUGACAUGCACGAUGGGUGUACCUUCAACCAUCGAUAUGUCAAAUCAAAUCCUCAGGAAGUUGAAAAUGCCACAUGGAUGCUAACUGUGUUCAACUGUUUUGGGAAGCAAUUCUGCUUGCAUUUUGAGGCUUUCCAGCUUGGAACAGCACCAGUCUACAUGGCCUUUCUGCGAUUCAUGGGUGAUGACAAUGAAGCAAAGAAGUUCAGCUACAGUUUGGAAGUCGGUGGCAACAGCCGCAAGCUAAUAUGGCAGGGAGUUCCAAGAAGUAUCAGGGACAGUCAUAGGAAAGUUCGCGACAGUCAGGAUGGACUCAUCAUUCAAAGGAACUUGGCUCUCUACUUCUCUGGAGGUGAUCGGCAAGAGCUGAAGCUGAGGGUCACCGGCCGAAUUUGGAAAGAAAGUGAAUUAUGGAAAGACAAUGGAUGUUAGGGUGAAUGUACAUUAUCCAAAAGGUUCUAAGACCCCACUGGGGGCUGCUUCAAUAUGGCAAAUGAAUGAAGUUUGAUACAUUGUUAUUGGGGUUGGUUUCUUCUUUUUGUGUUGAAGUUGUAAUUCUGAUGGGGGUUUGGAGUCUCUUUACAAACUGAAUCAAAUGAAACUGAACUUGUAAUUUUCACUACUAUGGAAAGAUUGUAGUUGAAAGUAAUCUUGAAAAAUGAAAGUUCACAUUUUGCAUUA